AUGUCCUUAAUGAGGUCGACACAGGACGCCUGGUCAGCACUGCCAGGCAACGGGACAUACACUGAAUGCCAGCAGAUGCAAUGCCGCAAUUACGACCCCACCACCGACGCCGCCGCUACAGCGAUCGGCGAUAACGGGACGAUAAGAAAUCAGAACGGAUUAGACGUCGCCGGUAACCCAACUGAGGUCACUUUGCGAAUCGCAUGA